AUUAUUAUUAUUAUUAUUAUUAUUAUUAUUUUUAAUUGUAAUCAUUAUUAUUACUGUUCCUAUUUGAUGCUUUUUUGUCACCGGCAUCAAUUACGUAUGGAAAUCAACACUUCGUCGUUGGACUUUUCAUAAAUGAGACAUCCUUUACACGUAAUUACUAUGUGAACUGUUUUAUGUCUAGGUACGUUUACCACAAUAAAAGAUAUAAAAACUGCAGAAAGACUAAGAAAAUGCCUAAUUUAGCUUUUAUGUCUAAAGAUCGCGAGCUCCUCUAUUUUACGCGAUCACACGCGCGUGAGACUAAAACUUCUAGUUUCCAGGCCCCCGAAAAUAUAGUUAACCGAAAGGGUAAGAACUAGCCAGACAAACCAAAACAGACUAGGCCCGAGCCUUUGGGUUAUCCGAGCCGCAUUUAUUGCAGAGGGGGCCAGUAUUAUCUUGUCCAUCAAAGCUAAACAAAGGUUUUGACCUUCACCUAUUCUAGUGAUGCGGGGGGCCUGCUCAUCGGACACACGGAUGUGUUGUCGAGGUCAGAGUAACGCAGAGGACAAAUGGAGGCCCCAGGCCCAACAGAGGUUCUCCCGGACAUGGAUCCAAGGCUGGUACAGAAGACAAUUCGUAUAUUUCUGAGUUCAACUUUCACCGACACGCGAGUGGACAGAAACAAGCUUAUGGAAGAAGUGUUUGAGCCCGUCAGAGACCUUUGUCAGCAGCACGGAAUUGCAUUUGAAGUUGUUGACCUACGCUGGGGUGUGCGUCAAGAGUCCGUGGACGAUCAUCGAGUUGUGAACAUUUGUAUGGAAGAGAUAAAACGUUGCCAGGAAACUUCACUUGGCAUCGCUUUUAUUGCCAUACUAGGAGACAAAUACGGUUGGAGACCGCUGCCCCCGUCAGUCAACGCUGACGAGUUUGAAUCUCUUCUCCAAUUGAUUGACCAAUCAGAUCGUGAGUUGAUUACCACCUGGUAUCUCCUCGAUGAUAACUCCGUUCCGCCGUGUUAUCUCCUGCAGCCGAUCUCGAGCCAGUUUCCCGGCAUCAAAUCAGCCGAUAAAGACGAGAUCUCUAAGGUACACCUUCUGAGAUCUUAA